GGUAAGUCCAGUCAUGUUAGCAGAUUAGGUGUGUGACAUGGAUAAUGAUAUCCGCAGAGUCAGGUUUGAUGCGGAAGUUGACGAAACCAUUUUAACUGGGAAAUGGAGUUUUUUAAGAUACCUAAUAACUUUAAAUGAAGAAAUAAAUUUGCAAAUCAUUGCUGACACAUUAGAAGAUAGAGGGGCUUUAUCUCCAGACGAGAAAGACGUGAUUUUACAAUUGUACAAUUACCGAGAAAAAGUAGAACUAUGCCUUGGAACUGUUAUGGUUUCGGGUCCUAAUUCUUAUACGACCAUAUGUGAAGUUUUAAGAGAUUGUGGUUACGGACAUAUUGUGGAAUCGUUAAAGGCAGACGACGAAGAAUCGGAUAAAUAUUUACAGUUAGUUCAACCAAAGCGAUUUAUGCUAUCCUCAAAAGACCGCAGUACAAUUCAUAGUAGUCAAGCAUCAAAAACAUCAAAAACAGAUCCAUUAGCCAUUCAAGGUGUCAGGAUGGCAAUCAACACACUAUCAAAGGACGCCAAAGCAUCUCAUCGGGAGUUCAGUGCCAUAAUCACCAGACAGGAAGAGUUAGAAAUACAACUAGAGGAAGUAAUGGUCUCUCUCGACAACGCUAGAGAGGCUCUGAUUAAAGAAAGGCAUGAAAAGGUAAGCCUUCAAGAAAAACUACGUCUACGAGACGAAGACUUAGUGGAAAUGACUAAGAGAUAUAGAGAAUUACAAAAAGCAAUGGUUAAAUUAAAAGAAACGAACAAUAAAUAUCAUGAAAGGAUUCAAAAGCUUCAAAUUGAAAACGAAGAGAUGCGUAAAAUGAACACUGACAAACGCGAACUUCAGGAGGAACUGGAAAAACGAAACGAAGAAAUCAAACAUUUGAAGGAUACUAUAGAAGCACAAAGUAAAAAAAUCAAUGAACAAGAGUCUUUAAUAAACGAUAGACUGGCGGUAAUUGACCAGCUAGCCAAUGACCAUGCUAGACUAGCUGACGGUCAAGUCAAACUUGAAAAAAUAAUGUCUGGCCAAUCAGAUAAUAUAGCAAGACUUGCAUCAAAUAAAGAACACACUGAAAAGGUAAUAGAUACACAACAGCAACAGAUUAAUCUACAACAAGCCACGCUAGUCAUGAUGAAAGAGCAACUCGAAAAACUAGAAAAUAGGAUGAACCAACAGGACAAUCAACAUAAUGUACUAGGCUUACAACCAGCUGAACCAAAUAAUCGUUCAAGACGUCAGACAUCAAAUUCUCCUGCCAAACAAGUACAUCAAAAGCCUUUCAUGGCUGCAGGUAAACAAGACACUUCAAAAAGCUCUUACUGGAGAGGAGGCGAAAAAAAGUAAA